AUGGCGCCGCCUGGACAGCUCCCUCGCAUCCGCUCGGCGGAGGCGUCAAUCGAGAAGGGCCGCGCAGCCUACGCGGACCAGCGCUUCCGCGUCGCACUCGAGCACUUCACCCUCGUCGCCGGGAAUUGCCCAUGUUCGUCACCCUCUGGAGGAGGGCCUGCCUCCUCAGGUGGAGGCUCAGGAAGUAGUUCCGGUGGUCGUACUUCUCGAAGUCUCAAAGGGCUCGGGGCCGCAGGUUCUGGAGGUGGUGGAGGUGCAGGUCCUGACGGCGGAGACGCCAGCGGGAACGGCCACAGCCCCGCGCAGCAGCGCCGCCGGCGGGAAAGGUGUACGUGCCGCGACUUUGCUCAAGCGGCGGCCCGGCACCGCCGCGAAAGGGGCAGCGUCUACGCGGAGGCCACUAAGGAGUGCAAAUGCGGCGCCGAGAAGACGUGGGGCCGCUGCCACCGUGAAGGCCACGUCCAGGCGCUCGACUACCGGGCUGCGUGCUUUGAGAAGAUGGGAAAGCUGGAUAUGGCGCGCAGGGAUGCGGAGUGGUUGUUAGAGAUUGCGCCGAGGCGGUUGGAGGGGUACAUGAGGCUGGGGAAGAUAUACAAGUUGGAGAAGAAACACGAGAUGGCGUGGGCUGCGUGGAGUGCCGGUAUUGAGGUUGGACAAAAGGAAGGCCUCACCAGUACGACGAAAUAUGAACAACUUUGCAAGAUCCGCGAACCAUUACACAAACACUUUUGUCGGAGAGAUCCUAUGGAGCUACCAAUCGAGUUGAUUGAAAAAGUAUUUUCCUACUUUGAUUUUCAUGAGUUAUGCCGAAUAUCGGGAGUCUGUAAACGAUGGGACCAGUUCCUUGACACCCACCCCUACAUCUGGAGACAGGUUCAUUUUCCUUCACUAAACCCGCAAAAGCCACCAAGAGUCUCCUUCCUAAAAACGUUGCGGAGGCGGACCGGCGGCGGCGCCCGUAGCCUCGUCAUCCCCAACGCGCACGCCUUCCAACUCAACGAGUCAAAGUGGCUGUCUCUCAUCCAGACCACGAACCCGCGCAUGACGACGCGCCUAGAGAUCGGCGCGAUCAAGCGUGACCUCGAGGGCGGCGACUGGGGCUACAAGCUGCCUCCCAAGCCGCUUUUCUUCGAAGGGCUCACGCACCUCGGCUUCAGUUUCCGCGUCAACAGACCGAAUUAUCAGAGUAGUGGUGGCGCCCAGCCCUUCGUGAGGCAGUUUGUCGAACGUGCCCGGGAGAAUAUCGAGAGGAUAUCCCUCUUCAGCAUGCACCUCAACGAUCUGGGCUGGCCGGAGCUGCCCCGACUCAAGAUCCUUCAGUUAACCGGUCCGCUGACUUCGACAUUGAAUCAGCUAACCCCUGAGCGUCGAAUUGACCCCUUCGCCCUCGCCCGCUCAACGCCAAACCUAGAACAACUACACAUGGACAACUUUGGCGUAUUCACUGGCCUAGACUCCCUCGCUCCGCCAGAAGAUUGUUGGUCUCUCUGGCCGGGCCUCCAGGUAAUCAAGCUCGGCAAGGCGUGCGGCGCCCUCUCCAUGGGCGACAAGCGCCACUUCCCGCCGCUGCACCCGUCCUCCUUCCGCGUCCUCGACGCCCGCGCCGCACUACAGUCCAACCACGGCGACUGGCUGCCCCAGCAGCUGCCUCUCGACUACUCGGGCUACGAGGCCGCCGAGUCCCUCGUCACCUACCCCAACCUCGAGCGCUUCUGGAUGCCGAAACUGCCCCUGAGCGUCGAUCUCGCCACCGUCCUCCUCGAGCCCGCCGUCCGCUCAGGCAGGCUACGGGAGCUCGGCCUCUGCUGGCGCCAGGAGCCGGGCCAGUUCUUCCCCGGCGCGCUCGACUGGCUUCGUGGCAGCGUCUCGGUCCGCACGUUUGGCUUCUUCAAUUUUGAUUUCGAGUCCCACGAGAACCUGACGCGCGACCCGGCGCAGAGGGGCCGCGGCAUCGACUCGGUCGAUCUCCUCUUUGGUUUCCUCCAGUCGUUCCCCAACCUCGAGGUCCUCGAGCUUCACUCGGACCUGUGCGACCCGAUGCGCCUCGGCGCCAUCAUCGAGCGCGUCGCGAUACUGGGCAGGCUGAAGAAGGUGUACCAGCGCGCGCUGACGGGUGUGGCGAUGGACCAGCUGAGGACGUUUUGUGGCGCUCACGGAGUCGAGGUCGUGUACGGUAGCUGGGAAGCUGAGUUCCCCGUACCGUUGGAACCCUUGACUCCCGUGGAGGCCGAAAUUGGUGAGUGA